AUGUCGUCCAUUUCCUGGGGUCUUAUUCAACAGGCGGAGCUCCCUGCCCACAUCUUUUCGAUCCAUCUUGUUUUCAAAGUUCCUCUCGUACAUGGCUCGGCAACAAGCUAUGAGCAUCUUAACAUCCACGCGGAGCUUAUCUAUGGUCUCAAGCCAGUUCCUGAACUCGAAAAUAGCAACGGUACAGAUGCGGUGCUCAAAACACUCCGCGGGAAGUACAAAGAUGGGUCGAUUGUUGCCUAUCUUUGCGGCGGGCCGGGAGACGGCAACCCACCGUUCACUAUCAAAGAGUUGAAUAAUUACUUUCUCGAGAAGGGCCGGUCAAUAUUAUAUGUCGACUACCGGGGUACUGGUCUUAGUAGCCCUGUCACAGCGGCAGUCAUGAGGACCAAGGGAAAUGCUAAGCAAAGAGCCGAGUACUUGACACACUUCCGCCAAGAUUCUAUCGUUGCAGAUCUCGAGGCUAUUCGGAAAUGCCUUGGUGGACCGACAUUCUCCCUUCUUGGUCAGUCGUAUGGAGGAUGGGUUGCUAUGACCUACUUGUCGUUCUUGCCGGGCAGCUUGAAGGAAGUGUGGUUGACCGGAGGGAUGCCACCCAUUGGAAAGACGCCAGACGACACGUACAAGGCACUUUACAAAGGCCUGAUAGACAUCAACAAGGAGUACUACAAGGAGCAUGAGAAAGACAAGGCGGCAGUUUCUCGGAUUGUUCAAUGGCUUCAUGAGAGACAUGAAAACGGGGUCAGUAUCCGAAACGGAGCUAGGUUGACGUGGAGAGGGUUUUUAACCCUAGGCCGACGCUUAGGGGCCGAGGGCGGGUUUAAAGCUGUGCAUGGGAUUGUUCAACAAUUUGACAAAGCCGCCAAGUCCCAAGAGUCUAAGGAUCUCUCGGAUGCAGUGAGAGCAUUUGACGAGAUAAAUGGCACAGGAUUUAGGCUUCCCCAGCGGCCGUUGUAUGGAGUGAUGCACGAGGCCAUAUAUUGCUCUGGGCCUAACAUCGUGUCCAACUGGGCGGCACAACGGAUCGGAGGUUCUUACGACCCACACCUUUCUUGGCUGCGCAACGGCUCAACGGAUCUUUGCUUAUCUAACGGCGGCCCAACGCCCUACUUUACGUCGGAGAUGAUCCAUAGCUUCAUGUUGGAAGAUGCGGGCCCCGAGCUGGAACCGUUCCUCGAACCUGCGAACAUCCUCGCCAAAAAAUACAACUGGCCAGCCCUUUAUGACACGGCGGCCCUGCGGAAUAAUACAGUGCCCGUCCGCGCGUUGAUGUUCCCAAAAGACUUAUUCGUCGAGUACGAGCUGUCCCUCGCUGCGGCCAAUGAUGUGAGGUGCUGUAAGGCUGUUCCGUCGCCAAAGGAAUGGCUUCAUGCUUCUAUCAAAACGAAUACUGAGGAGGUCUGCAAAAAGUUCAUCGGCGGCAUAAAGAGGAUAUUAAAUUUUGAUUUGGCCGAGUAG